GAGCCGCAGUGACGUUAGAGUGUCUCGUCUUGUCAGUGGAGUCAACAUGGCGGCGGUGGAUGUCAUUGUGGACAAUUUGGUGACUCUCUGGAGGAUCCCGUCCAUCAGACAGAACUUCCACUGGAUCUUUUUACUCAUCUCGGUCGUGGGAUCGAUUCUGAAAGAGCUGGAGCUCGUCCCGCAGACGUAUUUCAGCAGCACCAGAAACGCCCUGAAUGUGUAUUUUGUCAAAGUCUCUUGGGGAUGGACGCUGCUGCUGCUGACUCCUUUCCUCCUCCUCUCCAACUCUUCCUUCAACCUGACCGUUCCUUCCCAAUGCCGUCGGCUGCUGUCUCUAGCCGUGGCAACAGCUGUCUGGUACAUCUUCACCGAGACCUUCUUCUACAUCGAAGACGCCACCGGCUCCUGUUAUGAAACCGACACCGUGGAUUUCGUCAAUAAAGAGUUCAUGUCCAAAGCCAGCUGCAGACGGGCCGGCUUCCGCUGGGACGGCUACGACAUAUCGGGACACUCCUUCAUCCUCGCCUACUCUGCUCUCUUCAUCGUGGAGGAAACGGCGCCGAUGGCCUCCCUGAGGACAGCCAAGCUCUCCGCACUUAACAGGAUGGUCCUCAACCUGCUGUACGUGGCCUUGAAUCUGAUAGUGAUCGUCUGGGUGUGGAUGUUCGCCUGCACGUCUGUUUACUUCCAUGACCCGUCCCACAAGUUGCUAGGCACCAUAUGUGGCCUGAUAGGAUGGUAUCUGACAUAUCGUGUUUGGUAUCUGAAGCCUUUGUCCCCAGGCCUCCCCCCUCACCGCCAACGAAAAGAACGGAAACAGCACGCCUAAGCUGCUGCUGAUUUUCCUGUGCAACAUCUAAACUAAUAUUGCAGCCAUCCUCCAAACAACACACUACAGUUGAUGUUAUCUGUCUCCAGGUCCAAUCCGGCCAUUCCAUUUUAAGCUAUUUUUAAGUUAUUCCCUCCUCGCACAGAAAGGUCGUUUCGUACAGGAUGGAGUUUGGCAGCUGCUGUUCCCAAAAUGACUCUUGGUAAUUUGAGAUAAGAGCGAGAAGCUGCUCUGCUGCUUCACCAGCGCUUGUCCCCCAGUUUGUUGCCUUAAUAAUGUUUUACUCGUGGAUGAGUAUUUGCAGUUUGAUGUGGGAACACUUGAGAAUGUUUACAUCUCCAAUUGUAUAGCAAAUGUAUUUUAUGUAAAGAACAUAUACAUUGUUGUGACUGGAAGCUACCUUCAGAACAAAUUCAAAUCAGAAACUGUAACUGCAGUGUGCCUAAAUUAUUUACCGACUUAAACAAGCUGCUUACUACUGUUUUGUUUGGAGUCGACAUCGGUGUGUGUCAACAAUAUUUGCAGAGAUGCUCAGAGAAUGUAAAGCUUGAAUAGAAUAUAUAGAGAUGUGUCAUACAUAGACUACAGUUGUAGGAAAAUGAUUACUAGUAUGCUUUGAAGGUUAAGGCUGGAAAUAUCUAGAUUAUGUUUCAUUUUCAUUUCUUACAAAAACGUCCAAUGCAUUUCGUUCAUGUCCAAGUUCACAUCUUCAAAUCUGUGUCCAAUAGACAAAGACAUUCAAUCACAAAAGACAAAUGAAAUCCUCACAUUUUAAACCUGGAACCAGAGAGUUUUUGGCUUUUCAGCUUGAAAAAUAAUCAUCAAAACAGUUGCAGAUUCAUUUUCUGUUGACGGACUUACUAUUUUUGCAGUUGUAAUCCUAUCUAUUGUUAACAACAGCAUGAAAAGACCAAAAUACUGACUAACAAGUAUUGCAAAAGUAUGAUAUACUUACUUCUUUGUGCCAUUUAGCUUCAUGGUUGUCCAUUAAUACACCAUUGAAAAUGGGUAAUGCUUUUUUUGUGCCACAUUCAUUGUCCUGUUGCCAUAAAUACUCACUUGAUUACCAAAUGUCUGUUUUUCUAGGUCUGAAAGUAGUCCCCAUCACAUGCAUUACUAACUCUCUGCAGUAUCAAGCUGCCAGGAAAUUACCAAUAUGUUUUUAAAGGUUUAUGUACAGAUAAGAAAAACAAAUCUGAGUGCAAAAGAAAUAUAAAGUUUUCAAAUAUUGGAGUCUGGUUUUGGUCUUUUCAUGUGAUUUGUUGACAAAAGUACUCCAGCCUUUUCCUGUUAGGAUGAAUUAGGGACUCUUAGGCAGAUGUAAACCGUUGCAGUAUUUUCUAGAUUGUCAAAGACCACGGUCAAAAGCAAGUAACUGUUUUUGCAUCGAUGUGUGUGUAUUCGUAACGUGUUGAACACACAGUAACGAGCUCUGCAGCGCCGGGAACACGGUGUGUUUUUUGAUGAAAUAAAAACCAUGAUUUGUGUGUA